AAGUGUGGGCCAAAAUUCAAUCCGACGACCUUUGACUUGUCAGUCCAUUGCUUUUAUUCGGUGAAUAAGCUUAACUACUGUCGGGUCAUUCAACAUCUUUGUCAUUAUUGUAAUUAAACACCCAAUUGCCAUUGCACUUCAUUUACAUGUUUUUCGAAUCGUUAAUCGUUGCGCUUCCUCAACAAAUCGGAAAAACAUUAAAAACCGACAACAAUGAAUUACAGUGUCAACCGGUAUUGCUUGAUUAAUGGAUCCUUAACCGCAUCAGGUGGUAAAAUCUGCGCGUGCGCAGCGUAAACAGUUCGUAUUCUCAUAUGGCAUGCAACGGUCAGUGUGAGCGGUCGUGUUGUGUUUGUGUGUUAGAUUAUUUGUUGUGGUAAAUAAAAAAUCAAGAUGUCAGUAUUGAGGGCUAUAGCAGUGUUCCUGUGCGGAUUCCUGUCUCUGAGGCCGGGCAGAGCGCAGAUCAUUCUGCCGGGGAACUGUCCCGAUAUGAAGGCGAUGGACAAUUUUGAUGCUAGUCGGUACUCGGGUAAAUGGUACGAGGCUGAGAAGUAUUUCUUCGUGUUCGAGUUUGGCGGCAAGUGUAUCACGGCGGACUACACGCUCAGGGAGAACGGAGUCGUAGGAGUUGUCAACAAACAGAUUAGUAUACUAUCUGGAACUCAAUCAGAGAUCCGCGGCUCGGCGACGCAGGUGAGCCGGUCAGAUGAAGCGAAGCUCUCCGUCUCCUUCCCAUCGCUCCCCAUCAACAUAGAAGCACCGUACUGGGUGCUCGACACUGAUUACGAGACCUACUCCGUCGUGUGGAGCUGCUAUGAAUUUGGACUGUUCCAUACAGUUAACACAUGGAUCCUGACGAGAGAAAGAAACCCACCGGUUGCAGUCCUAGAGAAAGCCUACUCCAUUCUAGACAAGAACCACAUCAGCAGAGCCUUCCUCAUCAGAACAAACCAGAAGGACUGUCAGGAAUCUAUCAAAUAAAAUAGACUCGAAUUUAGGAUGAAA